CCACCCUUACCCCUGGUUUGUAACUCGAGUAAGUCAACAAAAGGCAGUGUUGAUAUAAAGUGCAUUCCUAAAAGAAAGAAUAACACAAUACCUCAAGUAGAUACACAGGAAUCUGCAAGGUAACACUGUGAAUGUAGAUCGGAAAUACUGUACAAGUAUCAAGUGUGACACGACCAUGUUGACUAUUAAUACCCUACUGGGUAUAGUAUCAAUUCUCGUCAUCACUGCCCACAACAUUAUGUCUGACAAGAAAGCCUCUCCAACGCGCUUCUACACAGAAAAACUUCCAACAAUAUCAAGUCGGGUGACUGUUCGUGACAGUACGUCUGGUAACUUCAUGCCUUCUGUUGGUAAUGGUUAUGUUGGUACCGUUAUUUUCAGUGGAUCUAUUCACGURUCUGGUGUGUUCAGUGGUAAAGCUAAUCCUAAAAAGAAGCCUGUUUACCCUGUAUACUUUUACCAGCAUGCCCAUCGUGCUAGGAUACCGUCAACCUGUGCGUUAGAGCUUGAAGUGUCUAGUGUAGAUGGUGCUAAAAGCUCCUAUGCUUUGGAUGUCAGCGAUGGAGUAUUCUAUCGCUGGAUCUCAGCCGAAAACUUUAAUCUUGAACAAAGAAUUUAUGCUCACAGAUCAAAGAGACAUCUUCUAGUCGUAGAAAUCUCGGUAACUAAUGGUCUUGGAAAACCCGUAGUUGUGAAGAUAAACAACAAUAGAGGGAAUGAUUCGUUAGACAUUGAUUUGACUGAGGUCCAAGUAGAACAAGGAUUGAUGGCAGCCAUUGGAAAGGUGAACAUAACUGAAACAGACCACAGUAUUCGUCCUGAAGUUGCGGUAGCCUGGACAUCAGUUCCUUCAAUGCUGAAUGUCGAAUCCACCAACCAAGAGCAAACAUGGUACUUCAUAACAGCGAUAGCUACAAGUCUUGAUACAAAGUAUGGUCCAUUAUCUGAGGCUGUCAGCCAAUGGGACGAGGCCAAUAGAACCAAAUCGAGUUUGUUGGAAUCCCACAAGGAAGCUUGGAAGCAAGUUUGGAAUUCCGGUAAAAUUGAUAUCGAAGGCAACCUUGAGCUAUCCCAGGCUGUCUAUGGUAGCAUGUACUAUAUUCUCAGCUCGAUCAGGUCUGAUUGGCCUUAUGGUCUAAGUCCGGGGGGUCUAUCUGGGGGAGAGGAAUACAUGGGGCAUACAUUUUGGGAUCAGGAUAUCUGGAUGUAUCCAUUUUUGRUCUUGUUGUAUCCUGAUUUAGCCAGAGCUUCAUUGCAGUAUCGGUACGAACGCUUGCCCGCAGCGAGAAGAAUCGCAAGGAAAUACGGAUAUAAAGGUGCAAUGUUUCCCUGGGAAAGCGCGUUUACUGGUUUGGAAACAUCGCCUGGUGAGGUGUACGGAAAGAACCAAAACCACAUCACCGGUGAUAUUGCUCAUGCUGCUAAGCUAUACUGGCGUAUGACCAAAGACACUCAGUGGCUACGUCAAAAUGGAUACCAGUUAGCAAAACAAACAGCAGAAUUCUGGGCCAGCCGAGUCCAAUACCGUAGUGACGUAGAUCGGUACGUCAUCAAUCACGUGAUGCCUCCUGACGAGUAUCAUUAUCCUGUGAAUAACUCUGUCUAUACCAAUGUUGUUGCAAAGCUUAACCUCGAAUUUGCAAUCAAGGUGUCUGAAAUCAUAGGACUAGAAGCUCCUGAAGAAUGGUCUAAAAUAUCUCGACUGAUGUUCAUACCGUUCGACGAAAAGAACCAGUACCACCCCGAGUAUGAAGGUUAUAACCUUAAAAUUACAGCAAAGCAAGCAGACACAAUCUUGAUUGGUUACCCUCUUAUGUAUAAUAUGAAUACAAAGGUUCGUUCUAAUGAUCUAAGGCUUUACGAAGAACGCACAGAUCCAGACGGACCAGCAAUGACUCAUUCCAUGUUUGCUAUUGGUUGGCUUGAGUUAGGAAAGAAAGACAGAGCUCAAAAGCCUUUCACGAAAAACUUUGAGAACAUCGUUGGACCAUUUAAGGUCUGGGUUGAGCAUCGUAAACCUAGUGGUCAAGUUAAUUUCAUAACUGGUGCAGGUGGAUUCCUACAGACAAUCACGUAUGGCUAUGGUGGAUUCAGAAUUCACAGUGAUCAUCUUGCUUUCAACCCUACCCUACCCCCUAACAGUACCAAAAUGACCAUCAGAGGGGUCAAUUACCUUGGCAACUUACUGAGCUUUGAAGUUUCAACCAACGAAGUCAUUGUCAGUCUUCUGGCAGUCGAUGAAGUUGCACCGUCUCUCGAGGUCGUCAGCCAUGGAAAAACAUUCUUGCUCGACAAGAAAACAAAGUUAUCAUUGUCAAAAGGCAGUGGGCUAGUGCGCAUGCGUAGUAAACCAACUAUUUCAUCGGCUGCGUCUCGUGGUCUUCCCGUCGGUCUUUGCGUUUUUGUCAUGAUGAUGUUCUUUGUAUUGGCGGCUAUUUUGGUCUAACUUACGCCACACGGUUUAGGGCAGUAAAAUGACGUUAUCACUAAAAGCGGUAAAAGAAAGAAAGUUUCAUGAUCAUUUACCGAAACUCUUUUUGACAUAGUUUUUCUACAUAUUUCUACUCUUCAGAUCACAUUUCACUCUAUUGUUUCAUUUGGUUCAAGUCAUGUAGAUAUCUAGUCAGAUGUUAGUCAACCGUGUGACAUUUUUUUCAUCCUACUGUGUCUUUGAUUAAAGCGAUGACAGAAAA